AUGUAUCUGUACAAAGCAACGUGUCCAGACAUCCCCAACCCCAAGCAGAAGAGCUCCAGGUGUCAGGGCGGAGGUGGGAUCCAGGCUCAAGGCUUGGGCCAGGGGAGGCUGGUCAAGCAGGGGUCAGCAGGACCGGGGACUCGAUCCUACGCACCUCUGAUGCUGUGGACGGCCAACAAGCCCAACCGUGGAGUGCAACUCAAACAGCUGGAGGAGUUUCUCAACUUCCACUCACUGUCGCUGCACGAUACACAACUUGUGAUACAAAAUGCACGGGACAAGAUUUUGGGAGACCGGUUGCUACAAGAGAAGCUUGCUGAAAACAUCAACAAAAUCCUCGCCAGUGAGCCAACACCCCAAACAUCAAAGGCCAUGGUGGAAGCAGAGCAGUCUAUAGAUGAGAUUCUUGGACUACAGGGGGAAAUCCAUAUGAGCGAUGAUGCAAUCCACGACAUUUUGGAGCAAACGGAGUCAGAUCCGGCUUUUCAGGCCCUCUUUGACCUCUUUGAGUACCAUAAAACUAGAUCUGCUGAUGUGGAAGCAUUGGAUGGAGGAACAAGCUGUAGUCCAGAGGAGAUUGAGAUGACUGGACCUCCAUGUGCACUCCCAGCCCUUCAGAGUAACAAUGCAGAUCCUCCACAACAAGAUGCACAUGUUUCGGAUGCACCACCAGCCACACUGAGGACGAGAGCUGGACAAGAGCGCAAGACCAGGAAGUCUGCUGCGCCCACUUUAAUGAAGAAAACUGUUCUGGACUACAGCAGCAGGGCCUCCAGAAUUGAGAAUAGCUCAGCCAGACUGCUGGUGGGCGCCAGAUGUGCUUCAUCUGCUGCAGUGGACUCCAGUAGAAAAGACAAAGCCUCACUUUUGAAUAAUAGUGGGAGUGUAACACAAAUGGAUAUUGAUGAACCACUCCAUACACCUCCCCCUCCAGUAGACAGUUUGAUCACUCAGGAGCCCAUCAGCACCUCCAUCAAUGAAUUAGCCUCUGCUCGUUUUGAAAAAGGUCCUGCUCCGUUUGCUGAAGACACGGCAUUAAAUGUGGAUAAAGACCAAGCCCACGGAUCAAAUGAGGAACCAGCAACAACGUCUUUAUCCAUCACUGGUCGGCGUCAGGCGCUGUCUUUAGUAGAAGUUCAGGUUAACGAUCCAGUGGUGACUGCUAAAAUACCUCAUACAUCAGACUCAACCACUGAUGGAAACGCUUCUUCAGGACCAUCUGCCUCUACAACAUCUGCCUCCUGUGAACCUCUUCCAGCUACAGCUGCCUCACCCACACUUAUACCUUCGUCAUUCUCCUCCUGUACUCCCGUUUCAGCAUCACACACUUUAUCCACCAUCCCCUCCACCCCAAACAAGGCUGCAGGUCCCAGCAACGUCGUGUCGUUGAGGAUCAUUGUAAGCGACAACCAGGAUGAGGUUUCUUCUGGCGAUACAGCCUUGAAUCGGGCGAUUUCAAGCAUUACUGGUGAAAAGAUACCCACCAUCUACCUGUCCUCUCCUGCCAAGUCCCCUGGAUGUCCUGCCACCCCAAAAGCCAAUUUUGAUGAAGCAGCGCAGGCAGUGAGUAGCUUACAAAGCUCAGAGAUAUAUGGGAGUCCUCUCAGCUACAAAGCUGCAGCAGUAUGCACCACUCCAUUAACUGGGACAGGACAGACCCCACAAAGAUACGUAAUUCAGCUCCCAGUGGACAACACCAGUUCUGGGCUCCAAGGGUCUCCUGCCAGCUAUUUCAUUGUGGCUCCAACUGCAGAUGUUCAAGCCAGACAGGUGCUACUUCCUGCUGGUAUCUCCAGUGGACAGCCUUUACCCCUGACUCAGCCUGGGGUUACACCCACCCACUCCCAGAACUACGCCACAGGCUCAGCACUCAUCAUGUCAUCACCUGUGUCGCCUGCUGUGCUUCCUGUGUCUGUCGUGGGGCAGAAUAUGGUGAUAAAAGACUCAGUGAUCCCCAGCCAGCUUGAUAACACCUCAAAGCCUGCAUCACUACAGGACAUGAAAACUAUCAAACCCAAGCCUGCCACUGUAACAAACAAACAGUCGCCAACUUCAGGAGCUGAGAAAAGCGUGUCUCCUGCAGUGGUUCGACCUGAACACGGAGACCAGCAGGAUGCAGCCAGCGCUUCCAGUCACAAAAGGAUUUUAUGUUUUGACUCCUCGUCGGACGUUCAGUCGCAAACUUCUAAAAUGACUGAAAGUGCCACACCUGUGGCUUUAAGCGCGUCUUUACCACAACCUGUCCGACUGUCUGAGAGGGAGAGAAAAACGAAGCCUAACAUUUUGGGAGGCAACAAGCCCAAGAGAAGGAUAGAGACCGUCAGAUGUUCAGCAGAUCCUCAGGCUAGAGUUGGUUCGCUGAAAGAACUCGUCUCCUUUCAAACGCAGGAGAACGAUCUCGCUAAAAAGAACUCUCGCAAACAAGUUUAUAGCAUUCACAACAAAGAAGUUCACAGUGCAAGUUCUGACCGUGUUCCACUGCCUGAAUCUGAGAAGAAGACUGAAUCUGUUGACAGACUACACAGAUCAGAAGCAACUAAAGCUAAGGAUCAGCGUAGCUUUAAGUCGUCUGAGUCUGCACUGAAAACAGGAAGCAGAAAGGACAAAGAGGAGAGCAGCAGGAAAGAAGACGCAGACGAGGCUCUUUUCAAAUCCCACGAGCAACGACAGGAGAAGAGGCCUCCCUCCCAGGAGGUGCCGAGCAUCACGGCUAACAAGGAGAAUGAAAUGAAGGGUGUUUUGCAGGAACAACAGUUAGUACCUUCAGCAUCAGGAGACUUCAGCCCCCCAGCUGUCCCCCAGCUGCUGUCUCACACACCGACCAAGACCACAAAGGUUCUAUCGAAGACGAGCUCUCUUGCCAAACAGGCUGCUGAGAUGCUACAAAACAUUCAAGGACUCAACUCUCCUGUCAAAAAGGCUGGAGCUGGCAGUGCAGACCUCAGUCCUGCUGAAAGUCCCAGGACUCUUUCCAGCCAGAAUAGGGGUAAAGAUAGCGAGGGGACUUCCAAGCCCCUAAUCCCUCCCAACACCCAGGACAUGCCCACCUGCAGCCCCACCAGUGAAGCUGGCAGCGAGAACAGCAUUGACAUGGCUGCACACACCCUAAUGAUUCUGUCUCGUGCCGCCAUUGCCAGGACCGGCACUCCUCUUAAGGACAGCACGCGCCAGGAGGGAGUGGGAGAGAAGUCGCCCACAAGCGCAAGGAUCUCAAACAAGCGCAAGCAGUCUUCUCCCACAGGCAGCCCUCCUGCAAAGAGAGAGUCUAAAAGAUCUCCCAGCAGAAACAAGGACCGGGAAAGGAAGAAACUUGUUGAUUGUUUUCCCCGUGAUCUGGAUGUGGAUAAGUUCCUGUCUUCUCUUCACUACGACGAGUGA